AUGAAAGCUCAAGAAACAUUAUUAAAUGAAUUAACCUUGGAUAUUGCUGUACCUAACGGGAUCAUUCAAUGUACCAAGGAAGAUGUUGAUUCUAUUUUUACUACGAAAGCAAGAACUAUCGCAUAUUAUGACGAGACGCUUUAUUUUUAUCUCAUAAUCGUUCUUCCUUCCGAUUCCGAUCUUUCUGAUCAUGAUGCUGCAACAAAUUAUUUUCAUCAAUUAGAGAUAUUUGUUGAAGCAUCAAUUAUUGAUGCAAGUACUUUAUCUGUUCCUUCACCGAAUCCUCCAGCUGUAUAUCGUUUGCCCCCUCCUGGAAAAUCUCGGGAAAGUUCAUCAGCUACUUCACCAUCAAUACCUGGAACUCCUUUACCUCCCUUGAUGGAUAAAAGGAUUAGCAAACCUACGGAAGGUGCUGUAAUAUAUUCAUAUCUAUAUAACCCAAAUACAAAGGAUCGUCAAAUGGUGGUCCUUGAAAGGAAUGGUUGUUGGAAUUGUGUUUUCCCUUUAGCCGUACCCGUAGCUUAUGUUAAAACCCGAGCCCAGACACCCGCAUUAGCGCUUAACGCAAUAGUUACGCAUAAGCCUCAACCCAAGGUUCAAAUUGAUAUUUUAAAAUCACCGGAAGCCGAUUUAUACUCUCCUGAAAAUUUUGGCAAUAUGAAUCUAUUAGAAGGAUUAAAUGAUGACUCUACCAAAAGUCUUUUGUUACCUCCAUCACGGUUAUAUUCUUCAGAUGCUAAAAGAGCAAAUUCAUCAUACUCGUCUCCUACGAUGAGACGUGAUAUUCGAAAAAUUUUGUCAGUGAAAUCAGCGUUGAACGUUCGUAUGAGAACUACCAGCGUAUCACCCUUGGAUAAUGCUUUAAUGAUGUCUGUCGAAUUAGAAAAUAACACAGACGCGGGUGGUUCAUUUUCUGUUGAGGUGGUUAAAGUCGAGAUUGCUUACGGUUUUGUGACAAGAUAUGAUUGGGGUCCCAAGGAUAAUAAAGCGGACAAGUUCCCAUUAACCCUUAAUCCUGUUGAUCAAGUGACAUUUUUAUAUAACAUAACAAUCCUUGAUGACCCUUCGUUUCCGAAAUUAGUACCAACACCUUACCCCACACCCAACCCUCACUCACGGAAUCAAUCUCGUCGUUCUUCUGUAGCUUCAGUAUAUUCUGUUAAUUCCUCCUAUGCUCCACCUUCUGAAGAUCGUCAGCGACAUGUGUCUAUUGUUGUUAAGGGAUCACCUGUUCACGAUGACGUGAAGAGUAGAAGUAUUGAGUCUAGGUGGAAUUGUAUGUUAGAUUUAUCUAAUUUACGUAGACGUGAAGAUUCUUAUCAACCGCCAAUCCCUCAAAAUACAAAUCAAAAGUCCUUGUCACUUUUAACAAGACCAGGUCAAUCACAUUCUCCUUCAUCGUCAAGGAGUGCUACUUUAUUUUCACCAACUGGAUCAUUGACACCUACAGCCUCCAGAAAUUAUUUCUCAACUGACAAUAAUGCUCGUGGAAAGAAGCCAUAUGCAGGUCUUCCCACAAUACCUGAUCAUGAUAAUAUAGGUAUUGGAAAUGGAAUCCUUUCAAGCGGAAGGACUCCUCUAUCUGAAAAGUCCAUGGAAGUGGAAGUUGGUGAUGGUGUUGUCGUGUCAUUCUUGGUUGCAUCUAAAGUGGUAGUCGGCAAAAUAUUCACAAUACAUGUCUUUGUCGUCAACAGGUCUAAACAUAUACGAAGGUUUACUGUAAUGGUUCCUAAUAAGAAACGGCCUAAUGAAAAGGCGAUUAGGAAUUUAGUAGCAGCCCCAUUAGGAGCAAAAAUAACAAUACAAACUGAACAAAUGGUUGACGUGAAUGGAAAUCAGUCAAACCAGUUGGAGCCAUUCUUGGAUGAAUCAGAUUUCAUAAAAAAGUAUCUAGAAACAGAGACGCCAGAUGCAGAUAUUGUUUGUUUGGAAAAUAAUGUCAGAAUUGGUCCAUUGCAUCCUUCAACAUGCGAAUCGGUCGCAUUGCACUUCAUUGCCAUUAAAGAAUCAUUGCACAUGAUUGAACUUGUACAAUUAGUUGACAAUGAUACAGGAUUUAUUACAAACUUACGUAAUGUAUUGGAAAUUCAUGUUGCUAAAUCUUUGGAUCCUAAUUCAAAAAAGGUUAAUAAAAGAUCUUCGGGGGUAAAUAAUACCAAUUACUCUACUACUUAUCCUAGUAGAGAAAUUGAAGUAAAUUAA